CUUCGUUUGUGAUCAAAGACCUUAAACAUCUUGUUUUGUUUAAAAGUUAGUUUCUUUUUUCCUCUCUCUCUCUCUAUCUGUCGCGAUGGAAGCUCAACACCUUCAUGGCAAGCCUCAAGCCGAAGGAGAAUGGUCCACAGGAUUCUGUGAUUGCUUCUCCGACUGCAAAAACUGUUGUAUCACAUGCUGGUGUCCAUGUAUUACAUUUGGCCAAGUCGCUGAGAUUGUAGAUCAAGGAUCAACCACGUGUGGCACGGCUGGAGCACUAUACGCGUUAAUAAACGCAGUAACGGGUUGCGCAUGUAUAUACUCGUGUUUCUAUCGUGGAAAGAUGAGAGCUCAAUACAAUAUCGAAGGCAGUGAUUGUGGAGACUGCCUAAAACAUUUCUUCUGCGAGCUCUGUGCUCUGACCCAACAAUACCGUGAACUCAAGAACCGCGGUUUCAAUAUGGAUCUUGGAUGGGCGGGGAACGUACAGAGGCAGCAGAACCAAGGCGCCGCGAUGGGUGCUCCUGUCUUUCAAGGUGGCAUGAACCGUUAAGACUAAUUCUUUAAUGUAAUUUAUUCGGUUUUAUAAUAAACGAGGUUUAGUCCUCUGUGUGUUUCUGUAAUAUGCUCGUGAAUUAUGAACUGAAAGUGAUUAUAUAUUUGUGUAAUAUUCGGUCAAAGAUAUGACAUUUGGACAA